ACCUCAAUUCUAACAUGAUAAGGACUGCAUACCAAAAUAAUUUCAGGAAAGUAUAGCAGACUUAGUGGUCUGUAAGAUAUUUAUUUUUUGUUAUCUUAUCUUAUGAAAUUCAAUUAUUUUGCAUUUAGCAAGUGCAUGCCUAGUGGGGUUAACUGUGACUAUAAAUUUGGUGCAUUGUCCUUUCAUUUGAUCAACUCACUUAAACCUACUCCUUUACUCUCCCAUCCAAUUUCAUUCUACUUUCCCCAAAUCUCUUCUCUUUUUAUUCUCUUUCCAUGGAUCCUUACAAGUAUCGGCCUUCAAGUGCGUACAAUGCCCCAUAUUUAACCACAAAUAAUGGUACACCUGUUUGGAACGACACUUCAGCACUAACUGUUGGCCCCAGAGGUCCGAUUCUGUUGGAAGAUUAUCAUUUGAUAGAAAAAAUAGCAACAUGGACACAUGAGCGUAUACCUGAACGUGUGGUACAUGCUAGAGGUGCAAGUGCUAAAGGUUUCUUUGAAGUUACACAUGACGUUUCUCAUCUCACUUGCGCCGAUUUUCUUCGUGCACCCGGUGUUCAAACUCCUGUUAUUGUUCGAUUUUCAACUGUUAUUCAUGAACGUGGUAGUCCCGAAACUCUUAGAGACCCUCGUGGUUUUGCCGUUAAGUUCUAUACCAGAGAGGGAAAUUUUGACAUAGUAGGUAACAACUUCCCGGUGUUCUUCACGAGAGAUGCAAUGCAAUUUUUUGAUCUAAUCCGAGCAUUCAAGCCGAACCCAAAAUCCCACAUCCAAGAAAGUUGGAGGUUCAUGGAUUUCUGCUCCUACCUCCCAGAAAGUCUCAACACUUUCACUUUCUUCUUCGACGAUGUGGGCAUACCAAUUAACUACAGGCACAUGAAUGGAUCUGGAGUUCACACUUUUACACUUCUAAACAAAGCAGGAAAAGUCACCUAUGUUAAGUUCCAUUGGCGUCCCAAAUGCGGCGAGAAAAACCUUCUAGAAGAAGAAGCUAUCCGAAUUGGUGGCGAAAACCAUAGCCACGCAACACAGGAUCUGUACGAAUCGAUCGCAGCUGGGAACUUCCCAGAAUGGACCUUGUAUUUCCAAACAAUGGAUCCAGCAGAUGAGGAUAAGUUCGAUUUCGACCCGUUGGAUACUACCAAAACAUGGCCUGAAAACAUUUUCCCAUUACAGCCUGUUGGUAGACUUGUGUUGAACAGGAAUGUUGAUAACUUUUUUACAGAGAAUGAGCAGUUAGCUUUCGAUCCUGCACAUAUUGUUCCUGGGAUUUAUUUCUCAAAUGAUAAGAUGUUACAAGCUCGUACUUUUGCGUAUGCCGAUACACAUCGGUAUCGGUUGGGAAUUAAUUAUUUGCAGCUUCCUGUUAAUGCUCCCAAGUGUCCUCACACCAAUAAUCAUAGGGAUGGUGCUAUGACUAUGAUUCAUAGGGAUGAAGAGAUUGAUUACUUCCCAUCAAGAUUUGAUCCAGUUCGUGAGGCAGAGAAGUCUCCAAUUCCAACCGUCAUAGUUCAUGGAAGGCGUGAAAAGCAAAUUAUACCAAAGGAGAAUAACUUCAAGGAACCAGGGGAGAGAUACAGAUCAUGGGACCCAGCCAGGCAAGAAAGAUUCAUUGGAAGAUUUGUCAAAGCCUUAUCUGAUCCUCGCCUUACUUAUGAAAUCCGUAACAUUUGGGUUUCAUGGUUGUCCCAGGCUGACAAAUCUCUGGGUAUGAAAGUGGCAAGUAGACUUAACAUAAGACCAACCAUGUGAAGUGGAGUAUAUGAAAAUCUUAAGUUGGAUGAAGAGGAGGAUCAUGAAGAAUGAAUAUAAUAUUUAAAUAUAUAAAUAUAUAAUAUAUGGUUUUGCUUCUUUCAAUCACGUACCCUAACAUACCAUCUGCAUAGAGCAAAACUAAAAAAUCAAACUAAUAUAUAUUUCUUAUUUUACAAAAUUGCAAUCCACUUCUUUAUUUUAAUUUUAUUUUACUUUUGUGCUAUGCUUCACUUGUAAGACCUUUGUGUAAUGCUUGCGAAAAAUGCAAUUCUAAUAAAUAAUAUGUUUGUACUUUCUUUCUUUAAA